AUUUAUUAAAAGGUUUCGCUAGAAAUUUUGUUUGUAUAAAUAUAAAAGAAUAAAUGAAAAACUAUUAAAUUUCCUUUUUAAAAUAUGGGUAAUAAAAAUAAAUUAAACAAACAAGUGAAGCAGUCUAAUAACGAGGCAUAUAAUUCAUUUAAAGUUGUGUUAUUUUAUUGUUUACUUAUAAUAUUCUUACCAAUUGUAUCAUUCUUCGGUACAAAGUAUAUUCUAGAGAGUAAUUUUGAUAUAAAUCAUAUUCAAACAAAUAUUUACUCAGCUAUAUCGGCUGUAAUAGGAUUACAUAUUGCAUUAGGAUUAUACAUUGCCAAAGCCUACUUCAGUGAACCAGGAGAUUUCAAACAAGAUUAA